AUGGGACGUUAUUUAAUUAUUUAUUUAACAAUUAUAUCAACUUCAAUAAAUAUUUUAUUAGCAUCAAUAGUUCCUGAACAACAUAGCGGAAUACAAUCAUAUAGAGUAAAAGGACGUUUAAUGUGUGGAAAUCAGCCAGCAGCUAAUGUCCGAGUUAAAUUGGUUGAUGACGAUUUUGGCCCAGACCCAGAUGAUGAUAUGGACAGUGGAUAUACCGAUACACAAGGAAACUUUCAGUUAAGUGGGGAUACUACUGAAUUGACAACAAUUGAUCCUCAUUUAAAAAUUUAUCACGAUUGUAAUGAUGGACUUAUUCCAUGCCAACGUCGCUGGAAAUUUGAAUUGCCAAAUCAUUACAUUACAAGUGGCAAACACCCUCACAAAACUUUGGAUAUUGGAACUUGGAACUUAGAGGCGAAAAUGCCGGGAGAAAGUCACGAUUGUAUUCAUUAA